UUGGUGGGUGGGGUCGGGCUUGUUCCGCCCCGCUCCCGGGGCCUGGAACUCCGCUCUGGCGACCAGGGAGCGGGGUCGGUGCGCGGUGACGUCACGGCGCCAGCUCCUUCCGGCGCCGCAGCGCAGGCUAGCAGAGCGCGGAAGCCAAGGCUGGGAUCUGGAGACCUGGGGCUCCGGCUGCGACUGCGCGAGACCAUGGGCGCUCAGGUGAGCGGCGGCCAGGGCGCUCCGGAGCCGACGCAGCCCCAGCCCCAGCCCCAGCCCCAGCCCCAGCCCGCAGCGCCCGAGGGCCCUCAGCGGCCUCCGCCCGAGCCCGGCGCCUGGGGGCCGCUGGACGACGUGCGCUUCCUCAUCGUCUGCACCUCCUGGUACUGACUCGCCGCCCUUCGCAGUUCCGCCCGCCGCCUCCUGUCCUUCUGUCCGCCUCGCCUGAGCCGUCCUUGUCGUCUCUCCCCACGGCCCGGUGUCUUACUUACCGUACCCCCCGGCGCCUCGGAGACGCGCUGACAAUCUGGAGGUCGCGGAGAACUGAAAGGAAGUCCUGGCAGGGCCGCCUCCACAGCCUUGCCAUGGGGCGCCGUCUCGCCUUUGGCCGCUCCCGCCACCCCGAAUUUGUUUGCUUCCCAUUUUGCUCCCAAACCAGCUCAGACCAUCGUGCUCACUCCCACCCCUUCUCCAGCCGUCUGGGUCCUCGGGCAGCCGUCCCUGUCACUGGCUUCCAGAACCAGACCAGGGGUCCUGGUAAGACCCCAAGGCUGCUGACCUGACCUCCCCUUGUCUGCCCCUUAUUGCUGAGAACUGGGCUCUUGCUUUUGUCUCUGGUCAUGGCACCAUGUGCCUUGACUUCAGAGAAAACCUUGUCACAGUGACCCUCCCCGUACUCCUCCUAGGGGAGGUUGCUCCUCUAUCCUGGAUCCCAGUGAGCCAUUAUCAGUAUGUAUUCUUCGGACCCCAAUAACACGGGGCCUCCACAGCCAGCCUUUUGGAGAGGGAAGACAUCUGAUUGCUGGGCUGGCAGAUGAGAUGCGUGGGGCAGCUCCCGGACACCCCCAAAGCACCCUGGUCCACUUCUCCCAGAAGCUUCCUAAGGCCACUCUCAGAACUUGAUUGUUGUUCCCGCAUCCCAGGGAAAUGACACACUCUGUAUUUUUGUUUUAUUUAGAAAUGAUUUAAAAAACAUUUUACAAAGGCUGAUCAGUUUAAAAUGUGACGGACACUGAAAUGCUGUGAUGUUCCCCAGGCCGAGGGGAAGCUGGGCUCUGGGGCCCCCAAUGCUUUGCCCCUCUGACUGACUGCCCUGUCCUGGGGUGAUGGACAAACAGAUGACCACAAGGCAGGAGAAUCUGAGUGGAAGCCUCCAAGCUGGGCCCUCUCUGGGCCUGGCCCUGCAUCCCUCACAUCUGCAGCCUGGGCUGCCUGCCUCCAUCUCCUGCUCUUUCUCAGCUGGCCUCAGUAGUAUCAGGAGCCAACGGGGAGCCUGGGGGGCCUAGAAGUGAGAGCACCAACCUGAGGAGUGGAGAGGGACCAGGAAGGGGAGAAGGGAGGCCAGGAAAAGAUGGAUAAAAGAGACACUUCUGAUCUCAUCUUGGACCCUAAAGGGGUCCACAGGUGGGGACCCAAGGACCACUCAGCCCACUGGAUGGCCUGGGCAAGUAACAACCUCUCUGUGCUUCAUUUGAGGGCACGGUGAGAGUUACCCUCGGCCUCCCAGGGCCUACACGAGUUUGAUGUGAGUGGACAGGUGUGAGCUAAUAAAGUGCUUUGCGAAGUAUAAAA